AUUGAUGAAAAUUUAUACAGAAACCCCAAAUGAAACCGAACUACAUAUAAAUGGACGUGACUAGAAUGAACUAACACAGAUUAUAUAAUCACGUAAUAUACGUAUUACCAGAUCUUUGCAUCGGUUAAAAAAUUUGUGACACAGGUGUCUCAAAAAGACGUGAAAAUGGACUAUGACGAUAUCAUAAAAGAAUUGGGUUCGUUUGGAAAAUAUCAAAGACGUGUGUUUUUUCUUCUUUCGGUACCAUGUCUUCUUACCGGGUUUGGGGCUUCAGUGACUAGUUUCAUUUUAGGAAAUCACCAACACAGAUGCAAGCUUCCAUUUCACGAGAAUGAUACAUUUGCUGUACAGUCGGAGACACAUCUAGAGAUUAUCAAUAAAACAAUACCAAGAAACCCCGAUGGUACCUUCUCAAAGUGUUCCAUACUGAUUAAUGGUACAGAGACGAAGUGUUCCGAAUGGGUGUACGACCAAUCACAAUUCAAGCGGACUGUAACGUCAGACUUUAACUUGGUGUGUGACAAUCUUUACCUCAGAUCCCACGUUAAGAUCGCGUAUAUGGUGGGAUUUCUCAUGGCGUCUGUGAUAUCGCAAUUAGCUGAUGUAGUGGGGAGGCGAUUCAUGGUAAGAAUGGUGUGUACACUCCAGAUAGGAAUUGUUUUUGCUAUUCCGUUUUCCUCUACCUUGCCAAUGUUUGCAACGUUGCGGUUUUUCGAAGGAAUGUUUUCCUUGGCAUUCUUCCAGGUCUAUUAUACUACAGUUUUAGAAUUAGUCGGCUCUAAGGAAAGAAUCAUUACAGUCACCCUACCAGAUGUGUUCUGGUCUCUUGGCCAAUUUCUAAUGAUCCUGUUGGUGUAUUUUGAGAGGGAUUGGUUCUACGUGAUGCUGUUUCUUGCGCUACCUACCGUCUAUAACCUGAUAUUUUGGAUACCAGGCCUUUUACCGGAAUCUCCUCGAUGGCUGACGGCUAGGGGACGAACAGAGGAGGCGUCCAAAAUACUGACCAAAAUGGCGAAAGUCAACAAGGUUCAGACGAAAGUUGAUGCUUACAAGAUCAAACAAGAUUCGGAUCCAGGCAUGAUGAUUAUCUUGAAGGAAUUACUUCGCUCUAAAAUUCUUCUUAGAAGACUUUUGAUAGUUAUCAGUAACUGGUUCACAGUGUCCUUCAUCUAUUAUGGUCUUACAUUGAAUGUGGACUCGCUUGGCGGGAACCUGUACGCGAACUAUGCCCUGCUGGGACUAGUUGAGCUGGCUGGAUACUGCGUCAUUUUCUUUGUGAACAUGACAGGACGCAAACCUGCACAUCUAGUGGCGAUAUUCGGAUGUGGCGUGGCAUCAAUAGGUUCUAUCCUGCUCAUACUCUUCGCGGAGAACACUUUGCACUGGUUACACAUACUCCUAGCUCUGAUUUCCCGGUUUGGAAUCUCAGUUUUGUUCUCUGUUCUUUAUCUUUACACCGGAGAGUUGUUCCCGACCGUCGUACGGAGUAUCGUGAUGGGGACAGUCAGUAUUGGCGCCCGUAUAGGCUCCAUGAUCUCCCCAUAUUUGUAUGACAUUACGGAUGGUAAGAUGGGAAAGAUGGUGCCCCUGAUCGCAUAUUCUGUACUAACAAUCACAGUGGGAUUGAUUUCUAUCAGACUUCCAGAGACGAACAAGCGGAAAUUGAUGGAAACGGUUCAUGAUGUUAGCAUAGAGAAUGCAGAUUUGGUGAAAUAUUAUGAAGACAAAGAUACCAGUGCAGAAGUCCUGCCACUGGAGUGAUACCUAUCAUCAAAUCUUUAUGCGCUAGUGCCGACAAAUUGGACUGAGAACAUUUAAUUGUUUUCUGAUCAUUAAACCAUCCAGUGUCUUCUGAUAGUAUGUCUCAACUAGAUAGGAAAUCAUUUUUAGUUAUAACUUUGUAAAUCUGUAAAUCACGAUUUUGAUAUAACCGGAUUACAUAUUAUUUUUUACUUUCAAUAGAAAAUGCCCCAAAAUGAAAUCACAUAUGUAUUAUAUCCUUCCAGGAAUAUCUAGUGAUCACCUAUGCAUUUUGUAUGACUUUUUGAUCCCAUUGUUAAAUUUUAUGGCACCACAAUCGAAAACGAAUCAAGUACAGUCUAUUUUUAAGAGAAGAUUGGCCUACAUUUUGGUUGUAAUUGAAUGUUUUUAAAGAAUUUGUCAACUUUAGAAAACUUUGUAGGUGUGUUUCAUAGUUAGAAUGAACAGUACACGCUGACUAAUCAAAUGAUUUAUUGUUUAGUGAUACUGUAAAUGUAUUACAUUUGGAUGUGUAUUCUAUUUAGCGCCUUUGGCGGAACUCAGCUUCCGCUAAAUCAAGUACAUCGCCAAAUUCCAUCCGUAAAUCUCGAUGUUUAAAGUAAUUCAGGAAUGCGCUAAAUCAAAUCUACGCUAACUUGUUGAAAAAACGAUUUCCGCCAAAUAUCGUACACGCCAAAUAUAAUACGUUUACAGUAUUUAAAGGACACAUCGCAUCUUUCCAAAGUAUACAAAAUUAUACGCAAUUUGUCUUUCUUAUGCUUAUGGUAAAUAAUUCCAAUAGUUCGUUCGCCGAAAUAUUUUGAUAAUCUGCCAUAAUAGGAAAUUAAAUAUAAGCGCCAAUUUAAAAACUUUUCGUUAAUUACAUGAAGUUAGGUAGUCACGUGGUACAGUGACCUUCUUCGAUCAACUGAUGAUGAAAAUAAUGUUGAACAGUUGUAAAAACUCAGCUUUUAGGGGCCUAAUUUAUUCACCAUGGACAACAUUAAUUUCGAUUUUCACAAAUUUCAAAAUGUUAUAUGUUUUAGCCAACAGUGCAUACAAAUGGCGAUGUGAAUACCCUAAUGUAGCGAGGAAGCGAGCAUGAGAUUGCAAUUACGAGUUAAUUAUAAUGUUUACAUGGUUCGCUGUCUAUUGGGUUAGGUUAUUUCUUUAAACAUUUGGAAUUGGCGUCGUUGUUUUUUUUUAAAUAAACAGUGCGAUUAUUAUCUAUUUUUGGAUUAAACAAAUUAUGAUUACCCACUGUCAUGGGUGUAUUCUUUAAAUAAAUCAAUACAAUCAAUCAAAUUUUACGUGGAAAUCGCAAUACUUUAUUUCGAUAAAGCAAUUUUAUUAUUA